AUGGGAAGCCACGAGCGACAAGACGUGACAAGUGCUCUGGUUUCUUUGUUCCCCCCUGUCGCGCUCUCCCAUGGAUGGGUCUCGCGACCAAUGGUUUUCGCCUUGUGUUGCACUAGCAUUGGCGUUAAACUCAAAGCCGCGAGCAUUUCUGUGCUCUUUUGGCGAUUAACCGAGUCCAAAGACGAUGCUUUCCGUGCACGGGAUGUGGAAUUCAUCAAAGGGCCCCGACAGACCCUGCCCACCAAUCUGAGAAUCCCUGGCUCAUCUAGUGCUCCUUUGACGCUGGACACAAAGAUGGGCUGA